AUGGACCACGUCAUGUCGGAUGACACUCCCGACCCGACCGGGGAGGAGUUCCUUCUUGACGAUCCCAUUGACGACCUCCCGCUUGAGGACCUCGGCGGUGAUGACUCUCCUGCUGCCAAGAAGCCUUGUGUUGCCACGGAUGGGUCUGAUGAUGGUAACCCCGGGACCUCCGCGGGUGUUUUGGCGACUCCCCCGAAUGCGCGCACUGCAUCAGCCCCUCAGCAGGGGCAGAACAUGCUCGUGCAAUCUGUCCUCAACCCCCGGGCGCAAGUCAACCAGCCCCCCCCGGUGCCCACUCCCAGCCCCGAGCCUGCCAUGGCUCCCCCGACGUCUCCUCCGCCUACUCAGCCGGUCCACGUGAAUGGGGCAGUCCCGGUGUCGGCGGCAGCGGAGCCCCCACCUCCCCGCCCCCUCCGCCGCCCGCGUUUGGCCGUUGCGGGUUCGGUUUCUCUCCCCCGCCGCCGCCGGGCGGUAGUCACCCUUCUGCUGCCGGAAGCUGGUGCUGACGCGAAUCGGGCCGACAUUUUGGUCCGCCCUCCUCCGGGGACACAUGUUCCCGAACGGAACCAUUCCUCCUUACGAGGCUACGUGAUCAACGGCGCGACCACACUCUCUGUCCGCAAUGUUCCCAUUGGUUACGACCCGGACGACAUUAAGGAGUUCCUCCUGAACGCCACGACGGAGGAUGGCCUGCCGUGGCUUGAGGACCUCCAGCACUUCCACCGGGUCUCGGACCCCUUUGAGGGAGUGGCCUUCACGAUUAUGGAUGGACUCCCGAUACCAUGCCCUGAUGACCAUACCUUCAAACGCAUCCCGGCGUCCAUCCCCCUGGAGGAAGGAGGCCUACCCAUGCUGCUCAACUUCUCGUCUCACACGUGCUCCUUCUGCGCGAGCAACCACCGGGAUGCGGACCAUGAGUCCUUUGCGGCGCGCCGUAGGCAGCGCCUCCCCAACAAGCACACUAUCUCGGUUGGCCAGCUCCAGCAAACCAAUGGCCAGAUCCUUGGCGCACAUGCUGUGCCUGUGUCGUUCCGCAACGACCCUGGCCUGCUCUUCAUUGGGCUCGACUCGCUCGUCGAAACAUGGACCUGCGUCCUCUGCGAUUUCCGCUGCGGAAAGGCUCUCGACAGCGCUAUGUCUCACAUGGCUUCCGGUCAGCACGCCACGCAGCUGCGUGCCACCUCUCACCUCCCUCCGGCCAAGGAAAAGUACAGUACUUGGCGUGCUUUAACCCUGCUCGAGGAGCCGCGCAUUGCAACCUUCAUGCGUGCCUGA